AUGACUGCUCCGCCGCCGGCAGUGACGGCUGUGUCGCCUCAACCACCACCAGCCAACAAUAAUGUGGACUACUUGUUUGGAUUGGAGAAAGGGGUUAGGAUGGCGCCUCAACUGCUGCAGAAGGUUGAGAGAAUUGAGGAGCAGCAAGGAGUUUAUAGAAGAAGAAAUGAUGAAAAUCUCGUCGGAGGAUUUGUCGGAGGUGAUUAUUACAAGGUACCGGAGAAAUUAUCUCCUGUUUUCGUUCCUAGUGGUCCUCCUGGAUACUGGCAGGAGAAGCAGUUCACCGGAGGAGUUUUCCCGGCUAGCAAUAUCAACACAGAAUAG